GAUGAAGAAUAUAUAUGUAUCCUGUUGCUUUUAACUUGUAGUUCAAACUUCUUUUUCGAAAGGCGAUAGCUUGAUGAGAGAUAAAAUAAGGACCACACGAAGCAAAUGUUAGGAUAUCCAUAUAGAUGAAGUUACCAAAAACCUUAUCCGUAUUUGUAAAUUAGAUUGAAGAAAUAAACUUUUAUUCAUCAGCUUUGUUCUGAUACCAUUGCCUUAUUAACCAAUAAAUGACACCCAUCACUUCAUCUCCAACAAAGCAGCUGUCCCUGGAAUUAAAUGCCUCCAAGACCCUAUCUGUGCUUGAACGAUGUUCGAAAAUGGUGGAAAUCGAGCAGAUUCAAGCACAUAUGUUCAAAACCGGUCUCGUUGCAGAUACAAUCUUAGUAAGCAAAGUACUUGCGUUUUGUGUGUCUCCGAAAUAUGGUAAUCUAGAACACGCCCAGAAGGUUUUUGAUAGAGUGAAUACGCCUAAUACGUUCAUGUACAACACCAUGAUUAAAGGAUACUCAGAGAACAACAAAUCAGAAAAAGCCCUUCACCUAUAUCAGCAAAUGCUGCAACUUUCAGUUCCACACAAUUCCUACACUUUUCCUUUCCUUCUUAAAGCGUGUUCCAGUUUGUCAGCUAUGGAAGAAACCAAGCAAAUUCACGCCUAUGUCGUAAAGUUUGGUUUCGGCUCGGAGGUUUAUGCUGUCAAUUCCUUGCUCCAUGUCUAUGCAUCCUCUGGCAGCAUCGAAACUGCACGUCUGCUCUUCAACCAGGUCUCAGAACGAGACAUCGUUUCUUGGAACUCAAUGGUCGAUGGCUAUGCAAAGUUUGGGAAGAUGGAAAUCGCAAAUGAAUUUUUCAAGAACAUGCCAACAAAGAAUGUCAUCUCUUGGACUACUAUGAUUUCUGGAUAUGUUGGGGCAGGCAAGUAUAAGGAAGCCUUGAAUUUAUUUCAAGAAAUGCAGCUUGAAGGCGUCGAGCCUGAUAAAGUUGCCCUUGCAAGCACUCUCUCUGCUUGCGCAUAUCUUGGAGCUUUGGAUCAAGGGAGAUGGAUUCAUGCAUAUAUUGACAAAACCGGAAUCGUUAUCGACCCAGUCUUAGGCUGUGCUCUUAUAGACAUGUUUGCAAAGUGUGGUGACAUGGAGGAAGCUUUAAGGGUUUUUAAGAAAGUGAAGAAAAAAGAAGUCUCUUUAUGGACGGCAUUGAUUUAUGGAUUUGCAAUUCACGGUCAUGGAAGAGAAGCGCUGGACUGGUUUGAGAAUAUGCAGAAGGUAGGAACCAAGCCGAAUCAUGUCACUUUUACUGCAAUUUUGACUGCAUGUAGUUACUCAGGAUUGGUUGAUGAAGGAAAAUCAUUGUUCGAGAGCAUCAAAAGAGUUCAUAAGUUAAGGCCAAGAAUAGAGCACUAUGGGUGCAUGGUUGAUCUACUAGGCCGAGCAGGGGCCCUGGAAGAAGCAAAGGGAUUGAUUGAGGAAAUGCCAGUAAAACCAAAUGCUGUUGUCUGGGGAGCAUUGCUCAAUGCCUGCCGGAUCCAUAAAAAUGUCGAAUUAGGUACAAAGAUAGGGAAAGUCCUGGUUGAAGAAGAUCCAGACCAUGGUGGCCGGUAUGUUCAGUUGGCAAGCAUUCAUGCAGCAGCAGGGGACUGGGACCGUGCAGUUGAAACAAGGAGGCACAUGAAAGAACGAGGCGUCUCAAAACUUCCUGGUUGCAGUGCAAUAAGUCUGAAUGGGGUUGUACAUGAAUUCUUAGCCGGAACCAAGUCCCACCCACAGGCAAAACAGAUUUACCGCAUGUGGGACAGUAUUGCUGAAAGACUUGAAAAGGAAGUAUAUAAACCUGCAUUGCAGAGCCUACAGCUCGAUCUCGACGAUGAAGCCAAAGAAAUGGCAAUCAACCAGCACAGCGAGAAGCUGGCUAUUGCAUUCGGAUUACUUAGAACGAAACCAGGUACGACGAUUAGGGUUGUCAAGAAUCUUCGGAUAUGCGAGGACUGCCACACAGUUACAAAGCUUAUCUCCAAGAUAUAUGAUAGAGAGAUUGUCAUGAGGGAUAGAACUAGGUUCCACCAUUUUAAGGAUGGCAAAUGUACUUGUGGAGAUAAAUGGUGAAUAAGGAGAGACCACCACAUUCUCAUCUCAUUUAUUAUUACAUAAACUUGGAAUAGUUCAUAUAUAAGAGCUUUGACAUAUUGACAGAA